AUGGACUUUUCAACUAUCUUACGCAGAGAAGUGCGUGGUGCAGGCGGGCUUGGUCUCGGAUGGAUCCUUGCCUUUUCUAUCGGCGGCGCAAUUCUCCUUUUUGCUGCCAUUGGAUUCCUUCUUACUUGGCGCAUCAAGUCUCGAGAUAAAACUGAUGCAACUACGAUAUAUCAAGUAUCAGAGAGUGUCGAGGACCAUCGGCGAUCCAUCUUCAGCAAGCGUCUUGUCAAGCGAAAGUACAACGGUUCGAGAUCUCUCAGUCGUCUAUCCCUCUCCCUACCACCAGUGCUACCACCUCUUCCGACAUACAACAGCUUUACCUUCUUCGGCGGAAACAACAAACGAGGUCGAUCGAGUAGUUGGAUAGAGGAGGACAAGUUUCAUGGACCGAGAGUUAGCAGAAGUCGUAGAGACAGUCUGUUCAGUAGAGAUGGAUGGCUAGGAAGAGCACCAACCAUUCCGACUCUUAUGACAGACGACGAUUUGGAAAAGGCACAAGAAGCGCAGGAGAUGGAACAAGGUAUCCAUGGGCAGAAGAGACACAGUGUUGAGACUCUGAAGCCAAGCAAGACAGCACCCGAUUUGCCUCUUCAGGAGGAAUACAUACAGAUCAGUCCCGUGCGAGCUCCGUCAAGAGCCCGUGUAAGAGCUUCGGUGACGGAUACCGAUCUUCGAGACAUUCUUCGGAGCACAGAACUACGACUUCGAGAUGGAACGAGCCGAUCACCCAGCAAGAACUCCCGAAGCUCACCAACAAAACGGUCGCCACAAAAGAUCUCGUCUCUGAGAAGCACCCCUCACAAGAACUCGCCCACAAAGACUCCCCAUAGCCACAGGACCACAUCAUCUCUCGACUCGACCAACACAACUGGGACAGUACGCAUCUGUCGGGUACCACCAAGUCCGAGUAAAAGAGCUACCAUUCACACAAUACCGAUGGAUGCGCAGAGUCGACAGGUUUCUGUCAGCUCUAUUGGUAGUGCUGCCAACAGCUUGUUAGCAGAGGCAGCGCAAGAGCUUAUCCUACCAGGAGGACUCUCAAGCCCAAGCCGCUUGAGAGGACGUCAGUGGGAGCCCCAAGAGAACGCAUUUGCUCCAACCAAUGAUCCACCGAAAGAAAUUGUUAAGGAUGACAGUCCUGACAGGCGGGCAUCACAAGAGAGUGAAGCUUCUAGUUCCCUAUCAACACUAUAUAGCGCCAACGAGUCCGAAGAUAAAGAUCAGCGCGAUCCAUUCAUCGAGAAGAAAGCUCUCAGAGGGCUUAGCUCGGACAGCAGAGGGUCACUGUUUGGUCCACGGAUGUCGCACAGAAGGGUCAGAAAUCUGAGUAUCUCAAUCCCAGGUGGACAAACAAUCUUCAAUACCCAGGGACGCGGACAAGGACAAGGGCAACUACGAUCUUCGUUUGUAAGCACACAAGCUGUCGGCGGACCUCCGAUUUCUUCAUACCUACAGCCACCACCAGAGCGAUUCCAUCGUGACGGCAGUCUCCACGCUCGCGAUCAAGAGGGCAUCGCUUUGGCAUUCCCUGCUAGUAACUCUUUUACCAGCAUUCUGACACCUUCUGUGACCACUGAGGGAGACAGCACUUUGUCUUUUGGUAACAGAAUGAGUGAGAGUCCCAAACCUGAUGUCCCUGAGCGUAUGAGGCCAGCGUUGCAGGACAACAGACACAGCGUGGUGACAAUGCCGAGUCCAUCGACUAUGAACUCUUCACCAUUUGAUGAGCAGGAUAUGCUGUCGCUGUUGAUGAGCACAGGCUCGAAAAGAACUCUCCCUGAGCCGCCGAGGCACAUUGCCCAGGUCGAUCACAUCAUGAUGCCUAAACCGGUCUCGCCAAUGCCCAGACAAGAAUUUUCGGCGCAUUUGCGACAGAUGUCUUCGACAGCGAAUACUAUAUAUCGCGAUGAACUACCCGUGGAUGAUCCCAGCGUUCUCUCUACGGGAUCGCCGCUCCGCCGCUCAACCUCGCGUUCCAAGAAGGACAUGCCAACUCUUCCCCCUCCACCAACUGUACCAAGUGUGGGGUCCCUCGGUAACUCCAUCAUGGAACUCAGAAGGAUGAACAGCAUGGUUAGUUCGUACAGUGGUCAAUCAUUAGGGUCCUCCACCAACGAGCCCGACUCGCCAACGCUGCCGAUGUUGAACUUGACGAGCAGCUUCUCGAGAAGGCACACGAGUCCCGCCACACCCAGGGGAAGUACAUCAGGCCGCCAGAACUAUCUCAACCUCGGAAGCCCCAACAAGAAUUCCUCAGGAUCAGUUGCAACGCCCAUGCCCAACCGUCCACUUCCAUCCAGCCGUAGCGCUCGCUCCAACUUGGGUGUCGAGAUUCGAGAAGAUGAUAUCGAAGAGGGCAAAGAGAACCAGGAACCGACGCCUGUGUCGAGUGGACUUCGAGAGACGCGCAAAAAUGUCAAUGUCAAUGUGGGACGAGAUAGUCGGGAUCUAAGCCGAGGGUCAAGCAAAUCUAAGCUGGGAACUGUGAGCGAGUUAAUCGCUGAUAGUAAGCGGGAAAUCAGACGCAAGAGCGUUGAGUCGGUGGGAUUGUACGACAAAGAUGGAUUUCUUAAUAGCUCUCCUGAUGCAUCAGGGCGAGAGACAAAGGGACGAUGUCUACGCAUGUAG